ACAGGCCAAGCUCGUCAUGAGCACACCAAAGCACUAACAGUGUAUGAAGCUCUGCGUGUUUACCCCUUCCUAAAAGAUGAGCACACGCUCCUUCUGGAGUUCGAGGUGUUGUACCAAAGAAAUCUUCUUCCCCUACUGGAAGAAGGAUUCCAGCGCCUCCUUGAGCUCAUCAACGAGCACGGCUCAGAGGAUGAGGUUCUUCUCAUCACGGAGAGCAUGGAAGACACCAGCGAAGUGGGACUCAAAAUAAUUGCAGCCAGGUGUAAAGAAGAGCUCUCCAUCUUCAUAACAGAGAACGAAGACAUGACCCCCUUUCCCGUGUUACGACGACAAGAUGGAAGCAUCAGUCUCUUUGUUGAUGCUGAGCGUGUCUGCGACUGCUCCUCCAUGCUUCUCUGUCUGUCAUCACUGUUCUCAGCCUACUGGAUCUUCAACGUCAGAUACCAAAAAAAAAAAGGUGCUGACACUAUCACCUUCAUUGAAAGGGCAGUCUUGAAAUUGUCAGUCACCAAGCCGCGGUCAAAGUGUGUAGACCUCCUGCACACUUUUCAUGCUCUGGACAAAUAA